AUGAAGCCCGACAUUGCCCUUACCGGUCUGCUCACGGUUCUGGCCGCAGCCUCCGCGGCUGCCCAGCCCGUCAACAACAAUAACAAUAACAAAAACGCUCCCUUUGGAUACAAGUCCGGUUCACCCGAGUCGAUCAAGAACCUGAAGGACAAGAUCCAGAACGUCGUCUGGAUCCUCCUGGAGAACCGUUCGUUCGACAACAUUCUUGGUGGUUUCAAGCGUCCGGGCUUUGACAACCCCGCCAACAAUGGCCCCUUCUGCAUCCCCCAGAACGUGAGCAACCCCAACAGCCCGAAAUGGUGCACCAAGGCCAAGGACUUUGACUCGGUCCUGAACGACCCCAGCCACUCUGUGACCGGCAACAACAUGGAGUUCUACGGCACCUUCUCGCCGGACAACGCGGCCAUCGCGUCCGGCAAACUGCAGCCUUCCCAGCAGGGUUUCGUCGACAUGCAGCUCGUCUCGUACCCUAAGCUGGACCCCCAGGUUGCGGCUGAGCAGGUGAUGGGCUACUACACGGAAGACGAGAUCCCCACCAUUGCCAACCUGGUCGAUGAGUUCACCGUCUUCAACCGCUGGUUCUCCUGCGUGCCUGGACCGACAAACCCAAACCGACUGUGCGCGUUGGCCGGAACCGCUGCCGGCCACGGUACCAACGACAACAGCUUCGAUGUCUCUGGCAUUGACAUCAAGGGCAUCUUCCAAGUGGCCGACGAGAAAGGCGUGUCGUGGAAAAACUACGACGGCACCAACGGCGCCUUCCUUCCGGAUGCCCUGUUCUUCAACUACACGGCCAAGUACAAGAAGCAGAACGUUGUGCCGUUGGAGAACUUCUUCCAGGAUGCCUAUCUGGGCUUGCUGCCCCAGCUGUCGUACAUCAACCCGUCGUGCUGCGGGCUGGACACCAACUCGAUGCACCCGACGGGCAACGUCUCCUUCGGCCAGGUCUUUGUGAAGCAGAUUUACGAGGCGGUGCGCAAUGGCCCCCAGUGGGACAAGACCCUGAUCCUGCUCACGUACGACGAGACUGGUGGUUUCUACGACCACGUGCCCCCGCCGCUGGCCGUUCGCCCGGACAACCUGACCUACACGGAGAAGGCCCCCGACGGCAGCACCUACACGCUCACGUACAACCGGUUGGGAGGACGGAUGCCGACGUUCCUGAUUUCGCCGUACGCGCCGAAGGGUUAUGUUGAGCAGGAAGGCAUUGACCCUGCCACUGGCAACUCUUCAGUCUACAGUGCCACGUCCGUCCUGAAGACUCUUGGCUACCUGUGGGACCUUGAAGACCUUACGCCUCGCGUGUCGCACUCGCCGGCGUUUGACCACCUGAUCGGACCGCAGCUGCGCAGCGACACUCCUACGACUCUGACCACUCCUCACACCUUCCCGACGGAUGUGUAA